CUGCGGUCUCAGCCAACAUGGCGAGCGGAGGAUCGUCUGUCGCUUCGCUGUGGACAGAAGUGAACCGUUGCGGCCAAAACGGGGACUAUACGCGAGCUCUGAAAGCGCUCGCCAAGAUUUUGCAUGAAAACAGGGAUGAUGUGACGGCGCUUCAAUGUAAAAUUGUUUGCCUUGUUCAGAAUGGGAGCUUCAAAGAGGCGCUGAAUGUCAUGAACACCCACUCCAAAGUCCUCAGCAGCGAGGUUGUGUUUGAGAAGGCGUACUGCGAGUACCGGCUGAACAGAGUGGAGAGCUCCUUGAAGACGAUUGAAAGUGCUUCUCUUCAAACAGACAAGCUGAAGGAACUCUAUGGUCAAGUGUUGUACCGACUGGAGCGCUACGAGGAGUGCAAGUCUGUCUACACAGACCUGAUCAGGAACUCUCAGGACGAGUAUGAAGAGGAGAGGAAGACCAACCUGGCUGCUGUGGUGGCUGCCAUGAGUCAGUGGGAAAAGGCCCCGAUGGAAGAUCUGGGUGUUGCUGAGUUGACAUAUGAGCUCUGUUAUAAUGCUGCCUGCGCUUUUAUUGGCCAAGGGAAGCUGACUGAGGCCUUCAAUAAACUACAGCAAGCUGAAGAGCUUUGCAGAGUCUCACUGGCAGAUGAUUCUGAUGUGACUGAAGAGGACAUUGAGUCUGAGCUGGCCGUCAUCCACUCUCAGAUGGCGUACAUCUUUCAGCUGCAGGGUCGGACAGACGACGCUCUGCAGCUCUACAACCAGGUCAUUAAGCUCAAGCCGUCUGAUGUUGGUCUGCUGGCGGUGACGGCCAACAACAUCAUCACAAUAAACAAGGACCAAAACGUGUUCGACUCAAAGAAAAAGGUGAAACUGACAAACGCCGAAGGUGUUGAAUACAAACUGGCAAGGAAGCAGCUGCAGGCCAUCGACUUCAACAAAGCUCUGCUGGCCAUGUACACUAACCAGGCCGACCAGUGCAGGAAACUGUCGUCCGGUCUUCAGUCCCAGAAUCCAGGUCACCCGCUGCCGGUCCUCAUUCAGGCGGCUCAACUGUGCAGAGAGAAGCAGCACAGCAAGGCCAUCGAGCUGCUGCAGAAAUUCUCCGAUCAAAACGCAGAGAGCGCGUCUGGCAUCAAACUGACGAUGGCACAGCUGUACUUGGUUCAAGGUCACGUCACAAAAGCGUGCGAUAUCCUGAGGUCCAUUGAAGAAUUCAAGCACAAAGCAGGGAUGGUUUCUGCUCUGGUAACCAUGUAUUCCCACGAGGAAGACAUCGACAGCGCUAUCGACAUUUUCAAACAAGCUAUUGAGCAUUAUCAGUCGGAACAGCCCGGAUCUGCUGAACACUUGGCUCUCGUGCGAGAGGCUGCCAACUUCAAACUGAAGCACGGACGGAAAAAAGAAGCCAUCAGUGAUCUGGAGCAGCUGUGGAAACAAAACACCAACGACGUCCACACGCUGGCACAACUCAUCUCUGCCUAUUCUCUGGUGGACACUAAUAAAGCCAAAUCCCUGAGCAAGCACCUUCCAUCUGCAGACGCCAUGUCUUUCAACGUGGACGUGGACGAGCUCGAGAACUCUCACGGCGCCACAUACGUGAGGAAAAAGGCAGCUAAAGUCGUAGGAGAGAACCUUCCCAAAGAGUCCGGCCAAGUCGAGAUCAAAAAGAAGAGGAAGAAAAAGAAAGGUAAACUGCCUAAGAACUGUGACCCCAAAGCAACUCCCGACCCCGAGCGGUGGCUUCCCAUGAGGGAGCGCUCGUACUACAGAGGCAAGAAAAAGGGCAAGAAGAAGGAGCAGAUUGGAAAAGGCACACAGGGGGCGACGGUGGGAGCUUCAGCAGAGCUGGACGCCAGUAAGACGGCCAGCAGCCCCCCCACCUCCCCGAGACCCGGCUCUGCGUCCGGCUCGUCCACGGCCCCCGCCGCCGCCACCGUAGUCCCUCCACGACAACAGAAACCUGCAGCCCCGGGGGCCAGCCGCAAGAAAGGACCACAGAAGAAGAAGAAGGGCGGCAAAGGAGGCUGGUAGUGGCCGUGGGAAGAGCCGUCGGCCCGCGAGUGGCCGGGGCGGCGGGAGAUUUAUGUUGCAAGUUUUUUUUUUUCUUUUUUUUUUUUUCUGUUCGGGUCAUUUUUACAGACAUGUUAAACCCAAACUCCAGCCUUCUCUCUGCAUCUUUAAUUUGUCUCUACCAAAAAAAAAUUAAAGUACAGGACAGAAUUCAGAGGACAGUUCACCGAAGCAGGCUUUAUGUUGUCUACAAAACAAAUGUUUAUGCUUUGAAUUGUGACCUUUUUAAGAUCACAGUAAAAGGAACAAACGCUACAAAUAUAACUUAACAGUAUUUUUGCAAUGAAUGGUGUAACGUGUGUUUUUCUAUCAAUGUAUGACAGUUCUGUAUUUUAUAGUUUAGUUUAAGAAAACAUACAGGAAGAAGUGUCUCAAAAAUAGUUAUUUGUUCAGUGAAAUGAUAUAAUUCUCAUGUCACUGUAGACAAAAUAAUGGACCUUACAUUUCCAUUCAACUGUCCUCUUGUUUCUCUAGAUUUGCCUAUAUGAAUUGCUUCUUUUUUUUAAAUUUUAAGCACAGUUGUCCAUCUCUCCAGUGUGACUGGUUAAACCAGGUUUUUGAAGGUAACUUGAAGCUCUGAUUUUAGGGGAAUUGUCCUUUAAGAGGGCCAAACUGCCUGCCUGUACCACUAUUUUCAUACUAUACGCGCUUAUUCUCAGUCAGCUGCAGCUGAGUAGGAUAUUUAUAUUUAACCGGUGUUUUCAUUCAGUCAUAUGCAUGUUUUAGAUGAACAGUUUUGGCCAAACAUGUCUCACUUUCUGUUGUCUUAAUAAAACUCCGAACAGCA